CUCCAUUCGGGACCGAAGCGUUACACAAAGUCACAUUCGAGAGAGGUUAGCGGACAGUCGCAAUGGAAUGGUGCAAUCAUUGCCAAAGAAGCUGCGACGAAGUAUGCAUGUUUGGCUUCAUUUCCUGUCCUACAUGUGGAAAGGUUCUUGCAGAAGUUGGUGCUAGGAAAAGUUCUUACUUGAUUAAAGCCAGACAGAAGAGAAUGAAAAGAGUAAAGAAGGAGAAGGAGAAGAAGAAGAAGCUAGUAGAUGCAACAGAACCAGACUAUUCCAGUUGUUCUUCGAGUCCCUCAAUCCCUGAAAGCAAAGUUCCAACUGAAUGUUCCCAGAAAGCAACUGACAAGAAUAAGAUCAUUGAAAGGUAUAAUUUCAGGUUCCUUUCCUUUGCUUUCACAAAAAAGUCUUUGACUUAG